UUCACGGCUGCUGUAGGUACGGACCUCUCGGCCAACAACCCCCCGAGCUAUCCCGUUUCGCUUUCUAUAUUCCUUCCUCUGAGCGAGAGCGAGAGAGAGGGAGAUGGCGAUGGAGGGGUCGACGCUGCUGUGCGUGCCGCUGGUGGCGAAGACGGUGGAGCAGAUGGCAGCGGAUAUGGCAGCGGCGAAGGCCGCCGGCGCCGACCUAGUCGAGAUCCGCGUCGACCACCUUUCUACCUUCCGUCCCCGGGAGGACCUCGAGUUCUUGCUCAAAGGCCGCCCGCUGCCUGCUAUCGUCACCUACCGACCAAAGUGGGAAGGAGGUGAAUAUGAAGGUGAUGAUAACCGGCGGUUCGAGGCACUUCGCAUUGCAAUGGAUUUAGGAGCUGAAUAUGUUGAUAUUGAACUUAAGGUGGCUGAGGAAUUUGUGAGACUCAUAUCUGGAAAAAAACCGGAGAACUUUAAGCUCAUUGUUUCUUCUCAUAACUAUCAGAGCACUCCAUCCAGUGAGGAGCUUGGUAGCCUUGUGGCAAGAAUACAAGCCGUUGGAGCUGAUAUUGUGAAGAUUGUAACAACUGCUGUGGACAUUGUUGAUGUGACACGAAUGUUGCAAGUGAUCGUCCAUUGUCAAGAAAAGCAGGUCCCAGUGAUAGGAUUGGUUAUGGGGGAGCGGGGAAUGAUCUUUCGGUUGCUUUGCCCCAAGUUUGGUGGAUAUCUUACUUUUGGUUCACUUGAUGUGGGAAAAGAAUCGGCUCCUGGGCAGCCAACUAUAUCAGAUUUGUUGAAUGUCUACAAUAUCAGAAAGAUCACAGCAGACACAAAAGUUUAUGGGAUUAUUGGAAAGCCAGUUGGCCACAGUAAAGGUCCUAUUCUACAUAAUGCAGCAUUUAAGUCUGUUGGCCUCAAUGCUGUUUAUGUUCCACUUUUGGUGGAUGACCUUGCUAAUUUUCUCAGUGCCUACAGUUCUCCAGAUUUUGCUGGUUUCAGUUGUACAAUUCCCCACAAGGAGGCUGCAGUUAGAUGUUGUGAUGAGGUCGAUCCCAUUGCUAAGUCUAUAGGAGCCGUAAAUACAAUCAUUAGGAGGCCAGCUGAUGGAAAAUUAGUUGGUUACAACACUGACUAUAUUGGUGCAAUUUCUGCUAUUGAAGAUGGGAUAAGAGGUUCACGGGCAAAGGACGCAGCUGUUUCACCUCUUGCUGGAAAACUUUUUGUUGUCAUUGGUGCUGGUGGCGCUGGCAAGGCUCUUGCUUAUGGUGCUAAGGAGAAGGGAGCAAGAAUUGUAAUUGCAAACCGUACUUAUGAACGAGCUAGAGAGCUUGCCAACUUAAUAGGUGGACGUGCUCUUACACUUGCUGAAUUGGAAAGUUUCCAUCCCGAGGAGGGGAUGAUUCUCGCAAACACAACAUCUAUAGGAAUGCAUCCAAAUGUUAUUGAUACCCCUUUGUCUAAGCAAGCUCUGAGGUCUUAUGCAGUGGUGUUUGAUGCGGUCUACACGCCAAAAGUGACCAGACUUUUGCGAGAAGCCGAAGAAUCUGGAGCCGCUGUUGUUAGUGGACUGGAGAUGUUCAUUAGGCAAGCAAUGGGACAAUUUGAGUUGUUCACAGGUUUGGCAGCCCCUGAAAGCCUGAUGCGCAAUAUCAUUUCAAGAUUAUGAGAAAUACAUCAAACGAAUUAUUUCCCGUUCUGUGAGGACUUUUUGGGGCUUUCAUGCACAAUGGGGUCUACAUACCUAUUCACUUUGGAGUUAAAUUAUUUUCUUCUUGUGAAACCCUCAUGCAAUAACAGGCAGAUUUGAAUGCCUGAGGCAGUUUUCUUUUGGCGGACCGGAACACUCUCAAUUGCAUUUCCAAUUUUCUUUUCUCCAAGAAUUCUUACUCUGUUUGCUGUUUCUAUUUAUGUAAAACUGGCUGAAGUACUUUGGAAUGGAGAAUUGUGUUAGCUCCUUCAAAAUUUUGAUUCUAUUUUAUUGAA